GUUAAUUAAUUUAAAAAUUUAUUUCUCAGAUGAACCUCUACAAAGGUAAUUGUGAGGGAGAGACCGAACGACUUCGUGAGCUUGCAUUGGAACAACAGGAAGCAAUAGAAUAUUUACGUCAGCUAUUGAAGGAACAAGAACGGAAGAUUGACCAGUUAUUAUGGAGUAGAAGAAAGAAGAAGAAAGGAUCACUAUACAAGCGAUACAUGGAAUUAGCGCCAGUUGCUGAGGUAGAUGAUGAAGAGGAACAGGAAGAUGGUGAUAGUACUUUAUCAAGUACAUCUUCAUCGGCAACAAUGCAAGCCAGUACUAUUAUAUGGCAAGCAAAUACUGUAACGCGUGAAGCUUAUGAAGAGCUGUUAUUUGAAAAUGAUGAAUUGCAUAUGAAGUAUACUGAAGAGCGACAGGAAUUAGAGCGCGCUCGAAAUCUUGUCCGUGAAUUGGAAAAUGCAUUGCUACAAGAGACACAUAGUGGUCAACAUAAUCGAAUUGCACUAAGUAACAAGUUGCGCGAAGCUGAAGAACGUGAAGCAGAUUUGAUUGCCGAAUUGUCGGAACUUAAAGAACAAAAUGAAUUGUUGGAGUUUCGUGUUAUAGAAUUGGAAGAAAUUGGGCCACGUGAAAGUCGUGAUGCUGUUGAUAGUGGUGUUGGAUCACCCGAGCCGAUUCAAUUAUUCAAAGUUCAAUGUACUGCAUCGAGUAAACAAAAAGAUCGUGCCAUUGCAACUGUUAUACCUUAUAGCUCGUGCAACAGUCAAUCUUCUUUGCUUUUGACUUCAGUGCAAAAAUCCUCGUUGUCUUUACAAGAGAGCGGUAUUUUUGAGGAUGAAGAUGAUAAUGAUAACAUUGAAGUAAUUAGUUGUGGUACACAAACAGAAACACCAGCUGGUGAAUUGUUACAAGAAGUACAAAGAUUGCAAGUUCUGAGGGAAAGAAUUCAAGAAAAAGCUGCCAAAGUACCAAUUUCUACGGAUAUUCUUGAAAUUACUGAAGAAAAAUUGAAUUCUUACAAAGAAAAAGUACGUGAACUCGAGGGACAACUUGCUGAACAUCAAGAAAAUCACAAAAAGAUUUUAAAUGAAAAUUUUAUCGCCAAACGGAAAGAAGAAGAAUUAAUUAAUGAAAACAGAAGACUUACUACUAGAAUUUAUUGGAUGGAAAAUGAGCUCAAAAUUUUACGGCAAUUUAAAAAUAUUAAGAAAGUUAAUGUUGGGACGAUGACAAAAAUUGAUUUUAAAGAUUCUUGUACGAUGACUGAAUCAAUGAAUACGAAAGAAAUUUCAAAAACGGUCAAGCAAGUUGAUAUGACCUGGUCAAGGUUUGAAGCCAAAAAGGCUCAGCUGGAAAAAGCUCAUCUGGAAUUGAAGGAAAAAAAUUUAUGCAACCAACAAUUGAUGGAAAGAAUUGCUAAACUUGAGAAGCAUGGUGAAAACAAUACAUGUGAUCAAGUCGAUGGAACUGAUAGGCUUGGGAAGAAAAUGAAGUUUGAAAAUUGUAAGAGUUCAGCGGAGGAAAUGAAGAAAUUUGAUGAACUAAUGGAAAUCACGGAUAAUGAAAAUAAUACUAAUAAAGUUUCUCAGAUUGAAUUCAUGAUUUAUAAUAAUGGUUGUAAUAAAAUGGACGUAUCAGAAAGUCCAUUAGUAAUCUCGGAACAUACAUCACAGAAUAAUAAAUAUGAAAUGCAGAAAGUAAAUGACGAAAGAGAACAAAAUGGAAUAAAUUACAUUGUGCUAUACCCCGAAGAAAAUCCAGGAACUUUUGAUUGUGAAAGAGUUAGAAAAAAUGAAGCUGACGAGAAGGUUAGAGAUGGAACAAAAAAAUUAAAACAUAAUGAGUACGAUGGUUGGGCAAUGAGAGUCUGGAACGCGGGUAGUCAUACCAGAAACAGCGUUAAGUCACACGUCAAUUUCGAUAGACUCGUUCUCUAUCAAGAGUUAAGCAUUUAG